UCCUUCAUCCUUUUCCAAGGGUGGUGUCUACUCUGCCCUCCUUCAACCUGAGCAGCCUUCCUGGGAUGAUGUUACAAGUCCUGAUUCUCCUGACCCUACUUCUGGCUCUUAGAGCUGGAGCAGAGGAGAUCAUCGGAGGCAAUGAGGUCAGUCCACAUUCCCGUCCUUACAUGGCAUAUUUUGAGUUUCUGAAUGUUAAUGGGAAGAAGAUGUUCUGUGGAGGCUUCCUGGUUCGAGACAACUUCGUGCUGACAGCUGCUCACUGCAGAGGAAGCUCAAUGACAGUAACAUUGGGGGCGCACAACAUCAAAGCUAAGGAGGAGACACAGCAGAUUAUCCCUGUGUCAAAAGCCAUUCCCCACCCAGCUUAUAAUCCUGAUGACCGUUCCAAUGACAUCAUGCUAUUAAAGCUGGUCAGAAAGGCCAAGAGGACUAAAGCUGUGAAGCCCCUCAACCUGCCCAGGCGCAAUGCCCAUGUGAAGCCAGGAGAUGUGUGCUAUGUGGCUGGUUGGGGAAAGACAGCCCCAGACGGGGAAUUCUCAAACACACUGCAAGAGAUUAAGCUGACAGUACAGAAGGAUAAAGUGUGUGAGUCCCAGUUCCAAAGUUCUUACAACAAAGCGAAUGAGAUAUGUGUGGGAGACUCAAAGAUGAAGAGAGCUUCCUUUGAGGAAGAUUCUGGAGGGCCUCUUGUAUGUAAAAAAGCAGCUGCAGGCAUUGUGUCCUACGGGCAAACUGAUGGAUCAGCUCCGCAAGUCUUCAUGAGAGUUUUGAGUUUUUUAUCCUGGAUAAAGAAAACAAUGAAACACAGCUAACUACAAGAAGCAAACUAGAUCCCCUUCUAACUAGCCAUCUUCCCUAUAACCAAGUCCAGGAUUGUUCUAGGACAGAAGACAACAACUGAAUAAAGAACUUUUUCUGACUG